ACACAAUAGAAAAAAUCCGGAGCAGGACAAGGAGGAUCUUCGACAUUUCUCCGUAUCAAGAUGGCGGCCGCCACGUCGGGGGCCGCACUGUUUUCGAACGAGCUACGAUUCGCGGAAUUGGAGGUGAAAUUGAGGGGCUUGGUUCUAGAGCUGCACAGCCCAGUUGUCCGAGAUGUGGAAGCGGUCGCGAAACGGCUAUCCCAACUCGAAGAUGUCGAAGAAAAGCAGGAAGCCAUGCUGAAAAUUCUGAAUCAGGUCUUGUUGCAUAUCCUAAGUUUUUCAAGCGUUGAUAUACAACGUUCUUCAACGCAAUAUGAUUUCUUUUAUUUUAUAUAAAGCGUCGAGUAGAUUAAGCUAUACAUAGCUGCAUCCUGCAUGUAUGGUUCUGGUAUUUGGUAACCUGAAUUUGAUCAUAAGAGUUCUCUUCUUGUUUUCCCUUAUGAUCAAACUCAGGCUACCAAAUACCGGAACCAUUCAUAGCAGGAACUUUAUAAGGUUUUCGCCUUUCUCAGAGGUGUGCUGCAAAUCUAGAUUGGCUUCUUCCUUUUCAUAACGUUGGGGCUUAGGUCCAGCGGCGCUCAGAGCACUAUUAAAAUAAAACAGCCGGUUAGUUUUUACCUCUAGAGCCUUAGCCCUUCCAGCAAUAUAAAGCGAGUGAAAGCGUCACUGGUGUGAAUGAUGACGUCGAAGCAACUUCACCUACAACUACAUCAAGAUCGGACAACUUCAACGAACUACAACAGCACACGGAGGACCUGGGGCGAUUGGAGGAACGAAUCUCCGAAGAAGCGGCAGAAAGCAGAGUUCGAGAGCAAGAGCUCUGGAAAAGUGUGGAGGAAAACAGGGGGAAAAUAACGACGCUUGGCGCUGUUUUGAAGACUACUGAACGCCGGAUUUUGGACGAGAUGGGUGAAAAAAGUACAGAUUUGCAGAGGAAAAUCGAUGCUGAGCGAGACCAUGUCCGAGAAAGGUUCGACCAAUUGCAUGCGGAACAGAAACGGGAUCGAUCAUCCUUGGAAGAAAUUGUCGAGAAACUAAGGGAUGAGGCCGAGAAAGACAACCGAAAGCAAAGGGCACACAUCGAGCAAGUGGAUCAGAAGUUUUCGGAGAAAAACGUGGAAAUCUUCCAAAGGAUCGACAAGUUGGCGGACACGGUACUAGUAUGCACCAAAGAAUUAACUUUUUGAUCUCUGAGUCCGAAGACUGUGAGUGAUCUAGAUGUCUAGAUCUUGUUGUUCUAUUAUUGUAGCUGAAGUUUUAUCGUCACCGACCAGCACGACAGUUUUUCUAUUUGUUCGGUUUCAGCACUUGUUCACCUUGUACUUCAUCAAUGACUUGGGAUCGAUGAAUCCUUUCAACUCAGAACGAGUUCCUGGAACGCGGGCAAGAGGGGGUCUUGGAGUCGGCGAAUCUGCAAAUGAAGCGUGCGGCCGCAACCGAUCAGAAAGUUGCCACUCUGUUGCAAACCUUGGAAUCAAAGGGCAAGAUCGGGGAUAACAACAGCUUGGCCGCGCAGAGCGCAACGUUUAUGAGAGAAACCCGCGCCAGCGUUCGGGACGAGAUCUCCAAAUUCAAAGCCGAGGUUCGGUUACAAGUUCAAAACAGCAAGAAUGAACUGGAAGCGCUGGUGGCGGAGGAGGUCGCACGCGUUCACUCGAUUCUCAACUCGCAGUCGAGGGUGAUCACUGGUAGAGGCGGCGGCGGCGGAGGUCGAGGACACCGCGGAAGCUUUUCCAGGCUCGGAAGUGUGGACUCCGUUGUGACCGGACGAGACUCGUUUCAAAAUUACAACCGGGGAGCUGAUAGCUCUCCGAACCUCGGCAGCCCGCGUGGUUCGUUCCACAAUAAUGAUUAUGUGAAUCAACUUAGAAGAUAAUAGUCUUCCCAUCGACUCGCGCCUCCACCACCUCUCUACCUUUGGCUCUGUUUUCAAGAAUGUUGGGGGCAAGGGAUACGUAUAAAUACUGAUACUGUACGAACAAGGUGCUCGUGCUAUAAGUAGAGACCACCACGACGAGAUGAAGUUUGAAGAGAGCUAGGUCUAAAAAAGGGGUCGUGGCGUUUCGUUCCGUAACCGGCAGAGUGUGAAAGGCGUGGACAGUGAUACUACACCGCGCGGAUCCUACCAGGGGUGGGGCUCGCAAAAUCGACGCGGAAGCACUGGGAGCACCGGAGAGCGGCGCGCCUCGUUUCAACAGAGCAUGAACGCCGCUCGCCGGUUGAGGGCGAAUAUAAGUGGGAGCAGUCUUGCGCUCGGGGAAGAUGCCGAGAGCUUCUUCCUGCAAGCCACCGGAGAGGCCAGUGCAGGAGGUGGACCGAUUUUGCGGAGGCUGUCGGCCGGUGGAUUGGUAGCAGAUCACAGGAACGUGGACAGAAGCGGCGACAACAACUAUCAUGGCUCUUCCCCAUCUUCUCCGAGGGGAGGUCACCAGCUGCAGGCUAGUGGACCAAGCAGUCCUUUUACGAAAACCAAUGCAGAUUGAUGUCAACAUUACUAAGUUUUCGUAGUGGAGCCAAAAAUAGAGCAAAAGCCGUUAUUCCCCUUCAGCUCUACUUCUAGGUGGCUUAGGAUUUGAAUUUGUUUUAUCCAACGAUCAUCUUGUGUUGUAUCAUCUUCGUCUCUAUCUGUUCAUAUAUCUGACAACAGAGCAGGAGCAGGACAGACAGCGGAAGAGGUCUCUCUUAGAAGAUAUCGAGGAGGACGAGCGCACCUCGUUUCGCGCAGAGCUGGAGCAAGCAGCUGCGCCCGCUUCUGGUGAAACGAUCUUAAUUCCAUGUGGCAGCAAAGAAGGAGGUGGUGGAAACUCUCCAAGGAAUAUGAACGGAUCUGCUAGUACAGGACGACGACCCAUAGUCUUGAGUGGAGCAGGUGGAGCCUCUUCCGGAGUGGAUGGUCAUCUUUUGGUCUCCACCCUGAUGGGUGAAGAGGCGGCAAACCAGGCGAACGAUGUUGCAGACGGCGCAUUGGCACAGAGACAGACUUCAGAGGUUCUUGUCACUGAUGACCCGACUAAGGUCGUGAAUGUGGGCGUUGUCGAGCCAGGAAUUCUGAAUCGGUCUGCAAUAGCCGGGCCCUCUUUCCUCAUCGGCGACAACGGGAAAGCACAGCAAAGCACUGUUUUUAUGAAACCAGGACUAUUUGUGUUUCAAAGAAUCGGAAACUUCAACUUGGUCUUGAAGAUCAUUUUUAACUGAAUGGCCUAAUAUCUAAUUCCUUAUGCUGAGCUCCACCAAUUCCAAUGCGAUCAUAAUUUCAAAUUUCUAAUGACAUCACUGGAAUUCCAAAUAGCUACGAACGCGAACCUCGGUUAUUGGAGCCGCGCCUUUAUCGAGCGGAAACAACCCUCACCGCGCUCUUCGUGUGCACGAGGACUCUUUUGCAAUGCAUGCAUCUUCUCCUCGCUUCAACGCCUCCUUUAAGCAAUACUAGUCCUACGACACAAUUACAAACGUCUUCUUCUUCACCGAUUGUGAACGCUGCUGACAAGAGUAGUAAGACAAUGUUCUUGGUGAAUCCGACUUCUGCACAUAGACCUGAUGAAGAUAUGUUGGGAAAAAUGUUGUUGAAGCCGAGUCCGAGACCACCCGCUGCUCCACCUCAAGGUUGGGCACAGUUAUCUCCUAGUACAAGGGCCGGCAAAAUAAAGAACGCGAGUAAUGAGAAAGUCAAGAUGCUCUUUCAGCGAGAAGAGGGACGGAGCAACAAAGUCAAACUAUUAGUGGGAUCCUUAGAUUCAGGUUGUUCCAACCGCAACCACGGAACAAGCAAACACCAGCUGCAGGACCACCAGCAACAGAAUCAACAGCACCCCCGUGCUCAGAACAAUAGAAAUACGACGCAAGUAGAGCAACAGCAGCAUUUUUGCAGGCUCAAACAAGUAGGUGAAUGUGAAGACGAAAUGGGUGGAGGUGGUCGCUCACAGCCGGAGAUGACGAGAAAGAUGGUUCGGAAACUCUUGGCAGAAGCCUCACGGAAACUGGACAAUAAUUCGCCACGGCGCGCCCUCGUGAUGCAAUCCCAAUCUUCGGCGGCCGCUAUCAGUAAUAGGAAUAACAUGAAUAACACCUGGCUGGACGAGAGACGAGUUGUGGACGGCAUCAUGUUGGGUCCCGGUGCGGGUGGACAAGUAGGGGGGAUGGAGCCGCGACUGCUUCCACGUGUACCUUCGUCACCGUGAUUUCGAUUGCAAUGGCGCAAAGUCUAGAAAAUUCGAAGCUCGAUCGGAUUGCGAUCACUACUACAACAUUUCCUUGGUGUUUCCGAUUCACCUCAUGGUGCAUUAGAUGAUAGUAGUCAACUAACAAGUGUGGUCUCCUUGAUUCUUGACACUCAAAAUGCUCUUUUUGUUUUUUUCGUUUUCAUGUCCAAUUGCCAAUGCAGCUCGUUCCUCGCGUUUCGCUUUGUUUGAAUAGUGUCAACAACGUCAAGUUUCAACUGCAGAACUCGCAUUCUGCUGAACAGCAUCAAUGUUUAGCGAAAAUGAAGCUGCAUAGUAUGCAAGUGCAAGUACUUGGUUUGUUUAGCGUGAUUGAUAAAGUUCGUCAACUGCACACCAGUUUGUUAUGGACAUGUUGAACUGGAUGGAAAAGUAACGUUCGUCUGGACAUGUUGAAUCCGAGAAUGGCAUAUUAGAUGGAGGCGGCACGCGUUUCAAAAAAUUACCUUCUUUAUCAUGAAGUUUAUCGAGAUGAAACUUUUUCUGCAUGUUGAAGAAUUUUUAGCUGGGUAUGCCUCGUCA